UAUUACGAGAUCACUUCCUAACUCCUCCACUUGGGGCAGAGCACCCCCCGCUAUACUAGAGCAGGUUGAGCGCCGCUGCGCAAGCGCCACUUUCCAUCGCGACUCUGCCGCGUCGCGCGCGUACCAGUGAGACAGUGUUGUGACAGUGAUGGUGUGCACCCGGCUUUAAGUGAUUUAUUGAUAUGCGGACUUUUAAAGGUGUAAACAUGUGCGGUUCGCGCCUAUGGCUGGCCGCAGUGGCGUUACAAGUACUACUGGUGACGGCCAACGGCAAACACCACCGACGGUCAAUGCCCACACAAGCGACACUGCCAGUUUCGAAAAGCGGAUGGAGACCAGUACUUGGCUCAGGUGGUCUCCUGUAUGGAUCAUACGGAAACCCAGCGCUUGGCGGACCUUCAUACAAGAUACCUGUACCUGUUCUGGACUUGUAUCCAUCUUCGGCACGUCCGGUAUCUACGAGAGAUGCGACAAAACUGACGUCUAUAGCGCAAUCUUACCGUCCAACUACCCUCAGAACAGUAUCCUCCGCGGCCCCCUCUCCUCCCUCAAAUCAACCUAUUAAUUCGUACCACAAUCCCUUCGCUCUUCCCAACAACGGCAUCACAUACAAAUAUGUACAAAAUUUCCCAGUAGACAGCGUUCUCAUUAGAAACCCUCAGAACCCUUUCGCAGCCAGGCCGAUCUUCUCGAAGUAUCCCACAAAACUCAACCAGGCAUACCACAACAGCAUGCUACAGCAGCUGACGCACGUGCAGCCCGUUUAUUUUGGGCAAUACCACAACAACAAACCAGUGGAUGUCUUUGGAAAGCCAGUCGAAAGUUACGUGAGGCCGACUGACCCGGUCAAACAAUCACACGGCGGUACUGAGAUCUAUAAGACGGAGGUAUUUAAACUUCCUGACAGCGACACUGCCUCUCAAUCUGUCAGCCAACAAGUGAAGACGGCACAGCAGCAGUCAUUCGCCGCAACUUCUAAGACUCCAUACUCUCACUUCUCCUUUAAAGACUCUGUUCUUCCACCAAGCAUUUUAGGUACAUUUGGCUCGUUCGGUGUACAAUCAGUUAAAGGAAGAGAUCCAAUUUACUCAACAACCAAAACUACGCAUUUAUCUCCACAACCUACUAAACAGACUAUCUUUAAUUCAUUUAGUUAUACUCCAACAUAUAAAACCACCCCAACAUUUAGCUCCACUACACCGAAACUACAAACGACUUUUAACCAUUUAAAUUUCGGAUCAAAUUUUAAUGAUUAUAAAAAUAUACCCACACAACAGACAAAAGUAUCAGUUCCUGUGAAAAUAGACCCUAACGUUGGAUCCAAAGGUAGUUUUAAACCAAGUCCACAAGAUCCAUUCAUCAAAAAUCAAAACGAUGUUGACAACAAACCAGUUAUAACAACUUACAACCCAAUACUAUCAACAACUAUAUCAAGUAAUUAUUUCGACUACAAUUUCCCAUCACACCAUAACACACCAAUUCAAACCAAACAAGAGCAACCAACGUUUAGUUAUGAGAAAAAGAAACAGAAGAUACACGAUAGUGUAGCGGCUGGCGUAAACCAGUCAUCCCAGCAAUACGUUUCACCGCCUAAAAAACAAACCACAAAUUCCGUUAUACCCAAACCGACUUACGAAGUGACAGAAACUACUGCUUCCGACGACAUUAUCACUCACUCGUUACCACCGGCUUGGACGUACGACCACCUGAAGUCGACUGAACAACCAGUAACAAAACCAAUAAGUCAUGACAUAUACAUUAAACAAACAACAUCUGCUGUGCCAGAUCUACCCGAAGAAUACGCAAUAGUAACAGAAGCCGAAAAGGCCUAUGACAACUCUUUGAGCUACGAUGGCCAAGUCGAAUCUCAAAGUAGGCGGCCCCUAGGCGAUGACUUCGAACCUAUCGGCAAGCAUAAGCUUAAAGACUACUAUUAUAAGGUAUCUACUUCAUCGUACGAUGACUAUACUACAUCGAGACGCACGAAAAAACCAACUGAAGCAUCUCCAGUAGACGUAACUACAGAUUUUAAUAUAAUUAAAGAAAGUAGCAAUGAAAAACCGGCUGAUGCUUUACCAACGCUUCCACCUAAUAAGCAUUUCAAACGGCCAAAUCAACAAGAACCACUUGACAAAGACAAAAUACGAAAAAGGAUCAAAAAUCGAAGACGUCGUCCACCAGUAAGUAAUCACCAUAAUAAGGAGGAAACAACAAGUACGACUACUACACGUAAAUUUGUCCAUUCUACCACAGAAUUGCCACAAACUACUGAAGCAGAAGAAGUGCAUACAAUUAGACCUAGGGUCCGACCCCUAAAAUCAAAACCACAACCUAAUCUAACAACACCUAGUGUCACAACAGAUUUAACAACUAGUGCGUUACCAACUCUGUCACCUACAAUCCCCACUAUAUUAAAAAAGAAACUCGCACGGAGACCGUUAACUACAACAACGGAGAGGACUGAAACAACGACUCAAUUAUUUAAAGAUUACGACAAUAAAGAUUCCUCCAUAAUGAAAAUCACAAGCCGCCCUCAAUUUCCUAAAAUAACUUCUGCUUAUGAUUAUAAGAAUGCUGAUGUACCAGAUUACACACACAAACAAGACGAAAAAGAUACACCGACAAGUGACGUCGCUGUCAGCCUUAGUGAUGCAGCGCUGCACAGCACACCUGAGGCAGCUAACUCAUUCGCUUUUCAUAAAGACGUUAAACCAAUAGAAGCAAUAGAUAUAAGAGACACUACAACAGACUCUACAAGAAUUACUACUGAUAUUUCCUAUGAAACUACAACUAAUCGACCAGAAGCAUCUGAAAAUUCAGGAAGAGUACAAAGACCAAGACUUAAAAACAGAUUUAAUCGUCCCAAGUUCAGUGUCAAAGAUUACAGGAAUCGACUCAAUUCAACCACGAGUACUACAGAAAAAUCGUUAGACUCAACAACUAAAGUGAGAUUCCCUCAACGAAAAGUACCAAAUAACGACAACUACUUCAACAGCGAAGUCGAAGUGACUACGGAGAGGAAGAAAUUUAUACCUAAAGAUCCACGCCAUAAGAUUAACAAUACAGAAUUUAACGAGGAAACAGAAAAAGAAAUACACUCUUAUAGACAACCAGCUCGACAGAAACAAACAGGAGAUACAACGGAGGCAGCGUCACAAAAAAUAUCCUCUAGAAUCCGUAAUGGACUACGACGGCCAAAGCCAACAGAAGAAACAACUGAGAGUGUAAGUUCCACUGUAGUUCACAAAAGACCCUUAAGAAAGAAAAUUAAAGAUUCUGAUACAGGCGAAUCGGUGCAAGACGUGAGUGUUACUGAGACUACUGUACAUUAUGAUCAAAAGAACGACAUAACGUCGGAGAGAACCAGAUCGGAAAGCGCUAUUAUGAAAAUCGCUGACAAGAAACACCAAGAUCAUCAUUUGGAGCACUUGUUUGAGCAUUCCAAACGAGUUUCAGACCUAACUUUGGCAGCGAGCAAGGACUACAACACACCUGGUAUGUUUAAGACGGUAUCUUCAAACAGCAGACGGAUACCAAAUUACUUUACAAUAGCAACGGACGACCCCAUUCUACCCAUAGAGGCGUUCUUUCCGCAACUGAACCAAAAGAAGGAAUCAUAACGUUCCUAAAUAGUUAAGUUAUUGAAAACCAAAUCUUUCCAACUGCCAAAGCGAUAUAACUUCUAUAAAGUUUUCUUGUACUAACAUUAUUUAAGCACAAAGAUGAAUUAAUAUUUCUAAUGAUUUCUAAAGCAUACGGUGAGAAGUAACUCCGCAGAGACGAUUUCUAAUAAUGUCGAUUUAGAAAUCAAAUUAGUCUAUUUAUACAAAAGCGAUUGCAUUUGAUUAACUAUCACUGUAUUUAUAUAAGACUGUACGUGUAUAUUCCUUAUUAAGUGGUGCUCAUUAUAGUAUAGGUAAACAUAUCUUUUUAAAGUAAUAGAAUACAGGUGUACAUAAGUUUUUGUGAUUUUAUCUGAAAUUUUUUGACAUUUUCGAGGCUAAACUAGGAAUUGGGAAUUUCAAUUCAGUUUAAUUUACAGACUAUAACGUCAAUAAAAUUUUCGGAAGGACAAAUCGCAGAUAUCUUGUAAUAUUAAGCUCUCUACAUAUAAUAUUGAAUAACUCAUACAUGUCAUGUUUGGAUAUUUAGAUAAACACAUGUUUCUGUAUCCAACUUUUGGGAUCCAAAAGUAACCCCGAAAUUUUGGUAUGAAACAUAAUGAAAUGAGGCUCGUAGACGAAGUGGCUGAACCAUCGAAAUUGUACAAUUUUGUCAGCAUAUUUUUCGAUGUUUUAAUAUUAAAUUUUUAAUUAAGUUCUUGUUUUGUUUCCAUCUAAUAUUUCGGAAAAAAUUCAUGGUAUGCAAGCUGAUUCGUACUUAUCGAAAAAUAUCACAAAAAUCGAAGUAACAACUGUUCUUUAUUAUAAAUCAAGUGACAGUAAAAAUCUUUAUAACUAGUAUCGCCCGCAAUAUCUUGCACUCCGCACACCUCCAAAUUAGUGUAUGUGGGCUUUAGAAAUAAUUUGUUAGACUGCAAAAAUACUUCUUAUUAAUAUGGUCAUUAAACUCAAUAUUUAAUGUCAAAUAUCUGGACUCAUUGUAUGAGCAUUCAUUUCUGUGCAUGUGUAUUAUAAUAUAU